GGUUCGAUUUUUUGUCGACCUGCGAGAAAAAAAACAAUCGGUGAUUCACCUAUUGUUGGUGAGUGACGCGUGUGCAACUCGGAACGAAUAAAUGAGUAAAUAAACGUGGGUGUUGGUGAGACAGAGCAGUGACAAUGACAGACGACUGUGAGGGAAUAAUCGGGUGUUAUUCCAGUGCUGGUUGAUAAAGCGACCAGUCUCCGGAAAAUGGAGCGAGGCAAUGUCAACACUUGGUCUGCCAGAGCUGGUGAAUAAAUCGACGAUAUUUUUAGCAUUUUGUUGCUAAUUGAGGUUCCACAUUGUGGGUGACGAGAGGGUCAGGGAUUGUUUACCGUUGGGAACAUGUCGGGUGGUGAGAGGAAGAAACGUGGAGGUGACAAGGGACAUGGCUGGGAGGAAGCUGGUGCUGAAUUUUAUCAGGAAAGAUAUCCAGCUGCUAUCGAGGCAGAUUUGCAGCAGGUGUUGCAGAGAGAUCCCUCCCACAUCGCUACUCUACUGCCGAGUAAAAAAUCACGUGUUGCGACAGCAAAACGUAUCAGAAAUGAGCCGAGGACAACUCUCAGGAGACGUACAAGCACUCGUUCACGGGGUACAGCUCGUACAAGCACAGUACGACGAAUGUCAACGAACGUUCCUGAUGCACAGAAUAUGUCGAUGCUCCCGGAUUUGUCCGAGAACUUGUCCAACGAGGAACGCACGUGGGAGGAAAUUAUGCAGAUCAAAGCGAUGCCUGUCUGCAUGACACAGAAAAUUCAACUCAAAAAACAGCUGCAGAACGCAACGAAACUUCGGCUGCAGGGUUUUGAGCAGUUGAAGUGGCAGCGCAGGAAAGCCUGGCAGCAAUUUCAGAUUCGUCUGAAGGAAGCCUACUCCAAGAUGGAGCUGUGGAGCACCUCCCUGAAAAAAAUCGGUGGAAACUUCGGUAUGGGAAUCGUGGCGUACUUCCUCUUCAUAAAAUGGCUGAUGUUCCUGAACCUCAUCCUCUUCUCAAUAAUAUUCUCGUUCAUAUCCCUGCCAACACUCGUACUAACACCCACUCCCGAGAACUGCACAGGAAAUGCCAGUAGCAUUGCCUGCUGCUCCGAGUCAUACCUGAACAUUACCCACGAAACCAGCAACAUAAUCGAUAUAAUCCAGGGUGGAGGUCCCCUGGAGCGAACCCUCCUGUUCUACGGUGUCUACACUAACGAGAUUUACGGUGUCACCACAGACGAGACCCACUACAAUCUCCCCCUGGCCUACAUCUCUACGACAAUCGUCUUCUUCUUGGUGAGUUUAAUUGCAAUAAUUCGAUCAGCAGCCAAAGGCUUCAGAGAACGGGUAACAGAGGGUGAAGGCCAGUUCUACCAGUACUGCAACCUGAUUUUCGGUGGGUGGGACUUCUGCAUCCAGAACGAAAAAUCAGCAGACAUAAAGCACAAGGCUCUUUACAACGAGAUAAAAGCCUUUCUGGAGGCUGAACGACUGGAGGAGGAGAGGCAGAACCGAACGAGAGAGGAAAACAUCAAACUCUUCUUCGUAAGGCUCAUCGUCAAUAUCCUGGUGCUGGCAGUCCUGUCAGCCUGUGGUCUAUUCAUUUACUCCAUAAUCGACGUAUCCUUCGACAAAGUCAGCCAUCCCGUUGUGGAACCCGAGGAAAUUGAUUACAUCACUCUUGACAAGAUCACACAAUUGCUGUAUGAGUUUCUCCCGUACAUUUGCAUUGUCGGCCUCAACGUCAUUGUUCCCUUUCUCUUUCGAUAUCUCGUCGCCCUGGAGCACUACUCACCUCUCUUCGUGGUGAGAUUGACGUUGUUCCGGAUUGUUUUCUUACGAUUAGCUUCCCUGGCAGUACUGCUGACGAGCUUCUACAAGAUCAUUGCUAUCGGCGUGGAGGAGGACAAGUGCACAAACACAGAAGGGCGACGUCCAGUCUGUUGGGAGACCUUCGUGGGUCAGCAAUUUCUCAAGCUCUACGUCACUGAUUUAUUCACUCAAUUCUUUGUAACGUUCUUCAUUAAUUUUCCGCGAUCUCUGAUCGCCCGACACACGGAAAAUAAAUUCCUCAGGUUCAUUGGAGCGCAAGAGUUCGAUUUGCCUCAUCAUGUGUUGGAUAUUGUGUAUUCGCAGACAAUCUGCUGGAUUGGGGCAUUCUUCGCUCCUUUACUGCCACUUGUAGCAGCUACUGGCUGUUUUCUACUGUUUUAUAUCAAGAAAUUUGCCUGUUUGGUUAAUAGCACACCCUCUAGUCACGUUUACAGGGCCAGCAGAUCCAAUUCUCUGUUUAUGUUUGUGCUUCUGGUGUCUUUCAUACUGGCGAGUGUCCCUGUGGGCUACUCUAUCGCUGAGAUCGAGCCAUCCAAGUCCUGUGGACCAUUCAGGGGGCUUCCCACUGUUUGGAGUCUUGUUAUUGAGACCUUCGAGCAGUUCCCUGGAUGGAUUCAGUCUGUUCUCUUCUUCCUGGGUACUGCUGGCUUUGGCAUUCCUGCUUUUAUCGUACUUGCACUGUUCCUGUAUUAUUAUUAUGCUGUUUCUAUCGCUAAUAAGCAUAUGGUGGUCGUUCUCAAGAAUCAACUGGUCCUCGAGGGACAUGAUAAACAGUUCUUGCUGAAUAGACUCAGUGCUUUUAUCAAGCAGCAACAGGAACAGUCCAAGUAUCAGCAGGAUCAAGCUAUUGAUUUGAGCAAUUUUAAUUAGGAUUUUUUUCUAGUUAAUUUGGGGUUGUGACAUUUUUUUUUUCGUUGGUUUAAUUCAGUUGUCGAGUGGUAAAGGGAGAUCUGUUCAGUUUACAAUUUAUUAAUCUUCGGUUCGUGAUGAAAAAUAUCGAUUUGUGGAGGAAAUGUUUGAAGACUCUAUUGUAGGUCAUUCAAUUUUUGACAGGGAGUCUUUUUGAUGUUUUCUUUUGAAAUCAAUAAAUUUUUCACUCGAAUGGAAUCGGAUUUCCGAGACUCUACCACUUUUCACUGAAUUUUAAGUCUUCGAGUGUUCAGAUAUUUAUAAGAAAAAAAAUCUGGGUUGUCUAGUAGUUUUCAUUUUUCAUCUAUUGAACUGGAGAAAAAUGUGUUGCAGGGUACAGAUCGUGAAAAUCCAGAAAAAUCGAAUAGAAAAAUUAAUUCGGAGGUAAAUUAUGUUGUUAGGAACAAUGGAAAAUAAAUUUUCAAAGUGAUAAAACCAAGGACCUAUUUUGCACACUAGGAUUAAAAUAUUCGUGUAAUUUAAUCGAUGAAGUUUGUAAAUAAUUUGGUAAUUUAAUUCGUAUACGUCAGCUGCUGAAGGCUGAUUACUACCAAUAAAAGGCUUUAAGUAUCUAGUGAUAUCCUCCGAAUAAACUACAGAACUAUAGAAUCCUUGAUCUCAGAGUUAUCAGACUAAUAUGAAAUACUGUGAAACUUAUGUGCAAUACGCGACGAUAUUUAUUUGUCCAUUUGACGGAGAUUAUUUAUUAUUUCCAAAUGCCAAUUUAAAAAUUUUAAGCAUAUGUUUAUGUUUCUUUUAUUAUUAUUUAUUAAGGAAAUUCAAGACUUGAACGGAUUCUAAAGACUUUUGUACAGGUUUUUAUAGCAUUUAUAACUUGAAAUCGAAUAAUGUCGAGAGACAGCAAAUAUCAAUAUCGAUUUUUGCCCCGAUAAUUUAUAAACUCAGCGUCGUAAUUUAAUGAUAAGACCGUCAUAUAUCAGUCAUAUAAUGUAGAUAAUAAUGGGGUAUAAUUUUAUUUGAAUUUUUUAAAUCUCAAAAACUCCAGGGGAAAAAAAAUCAGAAUAAAACAAAUGGAUUUUACUUCCAUCUUCAGCACGAAAAAUAAAAUGAAACCGAAACCGUUUAGAUGGUUUACCCUAACGUUAGUUCUGGAGCAAUUCAGAGAAUUAAUAGUGAGUGUAAACAGUAAACAGUGUACCACUGCUGUCCCAGGAUCCAGAUGAAACUAAUUCAAUGAAUAUUCAAAUCUUGCCAAUAAAGCACAAAGAUGUAUCAGUAUUUCUUAAAUAUAUUUAGUGUAGUUCAUAGGUGCUAUGGACGUUUAAUAAAAAUACGAAAAUUUA